GUUCGAAGCUCAGCGCGGGAGGAAGUAGCUGUGUUGCCGGUUGUUGUUGAUGUUUCUUGGGGAAGAAGAAGCACCACAGGAUGGACAUGACGACGUGUUUAAAGUCUCUGUUGCUGGCUAUCCAGCAGUACAGAGGCGGCAGGACUGCUCAAAAUGCAGCGCAGCUACACAAACAAGUGGAGGAGGUGUCAGGCCUCAAGUGUGACCAGCUGCUGUCCUCGGGUCAGGCUCUGGCCCGGGAGUGUGUGAGCGGGCUGGUGGAGCUGGCUGGAAACCCAAACACCAGCCCCAACAUGACGAGCUCCAUCAUCUCCCUGCUGGCACAACUAGCCUGUGAUGAUGACAGUCGGGAGAUUCUUCACAGCAGCUACAGCCUCACCAGCUCCCUGGCGUCUGUCAUCCACUGCCACAGCGCCACACCUGGGGAGCCCCUGGUACUGCAGUGUUUGCAGGUGCUGCAGAAACUGACUUACAACACUCGCAUCUUCCAGUCGACAAACUACAUUCACGAGCUCAUCGCUUUUUUAAUGACCAACAUCCAGUCUCACAAUGAGGACAUCAUCAUGCCGUGCCUCGGCCUUAUGGCUAACCUGUGUCGCGAUAACCACUCGGUGCAGAGCCACAUCAAGUCUCUGGACAACGUGAAACCAUUCUACCGCACUCUGAUCAACUUCCUGGCUCACAACAGUCUGACGGUGGUCGUCUUCACGCUGUCCAUCCUGGCCAGCCUCACUCUGAAUGAGAAGGUUGGAGAGAAGCUCUUUGAUGCAAAAAACAUCCACCAGACUUUCCAGCUCGUGUUCAACAUCAUCGUGAACGGUGACGGCACUCUGACCAGAAAAUACUCCGUGGACCUUUUGGUGGACUUGUUGAGAAACCCUAAGAUCGCAGAUCACCUUUCACGGUAUCAGCACUUCUCAGCAUGUGUGUCUCAAGUGUUAGGACUGCUGCAAUCGAAGGACCCUGACUCUGCAGCAAAGGUGCUGGAGCUCCUCCUGGCCAUGUGCAGCGUCUCGGGGCUGCGUUCUCUGCUGUGUGAGGUGGUUUUCAAACCCGCCGCGCCCAAACUCAGAACAGCAGGCCGCAGGCAGGCAGACGGGCUGGACGGGGGACGCAAAACAGAGACGGGACUGGCCCUGGUGCAGUGGCUGAGCCUGCCUGUGGAGGGUGCCGAGUCCUGCUCCCUGCAGGCCCUGCAGCUGCUGAAUGAGCUGCUGGAGGAGGCGUUGGGAGCGAAGAGUGUGUCUGAGUGUGUGCUGAGCUUCGUAGAAAUGUUGCUACCCGUCCUGUUGGGGCUCCUGAGGGGCCUCGAAGCUGCGCAGGGGGACGCUCACCUCAGGAAACAGUGCCACCGCAUCACACACGUCACCAGCCUGCUGCUCAUCCUGUGUGCCGAGGACUCCACCAGGUGUCUGGUGUCCCGACAGGUGAGCGCUCAGCUCUGCCUCACGCAGGUCGAGUCCCUCCUCUCCUGUUGUCACAGCAACAGCUCCCUCAACUGCCACCCCCCCGGCUCUGACAAUGAUCUCAGUCAGGUGUAUGCAGACGCUCUGCUGAAGACUCUGGAGUUAAUGAGCAAACUGAGAGAGCAGGUGAAGGACAUGGAGACCAGCUUCUACCGGAUGUUACAGGACCAGAGGAUCGUGACCCCCCUCUCUCUGGCGCUGACGUCCCACCACAGAGAGCGAGUCCAGACGGGACUCUCUCUGCUGUUUGAGGCCACUCCUCUUCCAGACUUCCCCUCUCUGGUUCUGGGAGAAAGUAUGGCUGCCAACAACGCCUAUCGCCAGCGGGAGUCUGAGCUGUCCGUCAAACGUGUCGCUGUGCAGGAAGGCCCGCCCUCCAGCAUCCUUGACUCUUCUUGUGGAUCGAGCAGGAGCGUCUACUGUCUGGCUGACAGGAUACAGAACGGCUUAGAGCUGCAGGAACAGGUGAAGGACUCCCAUGUGUCGGACAUCAUAGAUGUUUAUGAACAGAAGCUCUCAGCGUUCGCGUCUAAGGAGAGUCGUCUGCAGGACUUGUUGGAGGCGAAGGCCCUCGCUCUGUCUCAGGCCGACCGUCUCAUCGCUCAGUAUCGCUUCCAACGAGCUCAGGCUGAGGCAGAGGCCUGUAAGCUGGGCUGCCUGCUGAAGGAGGCGGAGCGUCGGCGGGAGGAUCUGCAGUCGGAGCUGAGCGGCCAGGUGCUGGAGGUGGAGCGCUGCAAGGCCGACAUGGAGGAGCUGCUGCAGCACAACGCCCGGCUGCAGAAGGACUCAGAGGAGCACCAGAGCCUCAAAGGAGCUUACAACGCGCUGCUCAACAGGUUUAACGAGAGCGAGCGUCUGCUGAAGGAGCUGCAGGCCGCUCACAUCUCGCUCACCAAACAGAGCGACACUCUGAGGAAGAACCAGGAAGCUCUGACACUGCAGCACGAAAAGAUGGCAUCAGUGUUGGAGGAGAGAGAGCAGGAGAUCAGAUCUCUCCAUGCAGAUCUACAGCAGAAGAACAGCGACAUCACAGGUCUGCGAGGUGCACUGCGGGCCGAGGAGGAGAAGAUGAAGGAGAAGGAUCAAGAGAGGAGAGAUCUGGAGGAGACGGUGGACGUUUUGAGGAAAGAGCUGAACAAGACGGAGCAGGCCAGAAAGGACGCCAGCAUCAAGGCGUCGUCUCUGGAGAUGCAGAAGAGCACUUUGGCGACGAAGCUGAAGCAGAAGGAGGACGAGUUGAACAAACACUCCUCCAUGAUCGCCAUGAUCCACAGCCUGAGCAGCGGCAAGCAGAAGAACGACGUCAACCUGUCGCUCUGACCGCAAACAGCAAGCAGAUGAGUGAUAUAGGAACAUGAUGGACUUUUUAAAACUUUAUGGACUAUGAUUUAACAUUUUUAAAACAAACACUUAAUCAAAUAUACUAAACUAAGUGAUAUUAAAUAUUUGUAUGUCUGUUUUUAAUGUCUGGUAAAUAAAUGAUGGAUCUGUAUUCUU